ACAAGCGCCUGGCUACGCCGCUAACGUUCCUUGUGCAAAGAUUUAUAGAGGAAGCGAGGGCGAGAGAGAUAGAACAAGGGUAGUCUCUAGGGUGAGAGAGCAACAAGAUGUCUAAGAAGAAACCCGUGGGAGGUUCGACCACUAUGACGCUCAAGGACUUCCAUGGCGGUUCCAUACCUUCCGAUCUUCCUCUCCCCUCUGCUCCUGGCGUAAUGGUGAGGCCUUCCGAUCGUUCUGGAUUUGAACGCCAAUCAGCUUGGGGAAACCCAAUGGGAAGGUCUGACCAGCGUUUGAGACCUGGGUCUGCUGGAGCAGUGAGAAACUUCGAUGACAAGACUCCAUUUCUUGCUCAUAGUGUUAUCAUUGGCCGGAAUUUUGAUGAGGAUGAGCGGAAGCCUUUAGAUGGCGUGUCUGCUCCACGCAGGACUGUCUUUGAUGAUACUAUUAUUGCCGUUCCAGUGGCUACGGAGCUGAAGCCUGAUUAUUCCUCUAAUGGAAGAUUGCCUAAUCGCCAAGUUGCAUCAUCAGUGUCUUGCUUGGGGGGAAGUAGUGCAACUUCUCAUGCUGGAAAUACGAAGGAAGCUGGUUAUGCGGGACUGAACAAUCAAAACUGUGGCAGUAAUUCCUAUUCUGGGGGAUUUUCUGACUCUGUUCAUGCUGGAGGCAACUAUUCUGGAUCUGGUAACAGUAAUGUAAAUGUCUGGGCAAUGAGGAAGGAAGUGGUAAACUGUAUUGAAACAAUGUCUCCAAAAUCGUCUGCUCCAAAUACUGCAUUGAAACUAGCUCAUGCCAGUGCAGUUGAAAAGGUUUCUUCAGGAAGGUGGCAGUCCAAGCUAGCAGCCAAUCAUCCAACAGAGGUUGAGAUCAUUAGGCACGGUGAAACUGAAAGUGAGCUCCAUAGCAAGGAUGAAGUCAUUUACAAUAGUAAUAAGAGCUAUUUGGCUAUGGAUGCGCCAAGUAUGAUGGAGUAUAGUGAUGGAGGGCUAGCAAGGCUUGCGGAUAGGGGAUUGAGUUUAGAUGAUGGAAUUCACAGUGGUGAAAGAGAGUUCCCAGCACAUGAUUUUUCCAGGUUUCCUAAAACAUUUCCAGUAACAUCAGAAACUAAUACAUCUACUUAUGCUGAGGGCCUUCAACACUCUCAUAAGUAUGAGCUGCAACCACCCGUGCCUUCAGAACUAUCUGAUAGGCCAAAGCUGAAAUUACUCCCUAGAUCUAAGCCCUUGCAUAGUUUGGACCUUCCCGUUGAACAUAAACAGGUUUACCAGCAGAUGCAUGACUCUGGACAUCAGGUGUCUGUUACAGGAGUUCGUGGAAAUUUGAACACAAAUAAAGCUGAACCUGGAGGAUUUUAUUCUGGGAAUCAAGCUCCAGAACGUCCAAAGCUGAAUUUGAAACCUCGGUCCCAGCCCAUUGAAAAAAUUGAAGCAAAUGCUGAACGAGAAAGGAAUUCAGUGUUUGGUGGUGCUCGGCCACGAGAAUUGGUCCUCAAAGAUCAUGGCCUGGAGGAUCUUACACACAAUAAUCAAGACCCGGGUGCUUACAACAACAACAGGUUGAAACAAGAUAUUCAAACAGGCCCGACACAUGUUAGUCCUUCCCUGUACAAUGACAAUGCUUCCAUUGAAAAUAAUAGAAUGAAAAUAAACAAUGAUAGACGAGAUAGCAGAGGAGUGGAUCCAGAGAGAACUGCCGAUGCACAAAAAAGGAGUUGGCAAAAGGAUAAUUGGAGGAUCAGAAGGGAGAUUGAGAAGCAGCCUCAGCAGCAGGAGGAGGAGAGACCACCUUCACCGGAGACGUGGCGGCGCAAGCCAGCUGAGCCACGGGUAAAAACAACUAUCUCUGCAGAAGUGGUUCCUGGUGGAGUUCAUUAUGGUGGUAAAGCAGCAUCAGCAGUUGAGCUUGCUCAAGCGUUCUCAAAAUCAGUCUCCGAUUCAAAGACGGAUCAAUUCUCUGGUCAGAGAGGAGGGGUGCUGACCCAGGGGAAGAUUCCUUUCUCUCGCUUAACCACUUCAUCUCCAUCUCCAAGACCUCAAAUUAAUGGUUACUGAUCCAUUGAUCCCUUUGUGAUGUCUCAUCAGGCUGUACGAUCUUCAAUGGGAAGAAGAUUUAUCCCCGUUUGUCAUGAAGUAUGUCCCAGGAAUGACAUGAUUGUUUCGCAUUCAUUCUAUGAUUCAACUCAGUGUCAAAAAAAUUAUGCUAGACUCUUUUAAUUCUUGUUUUUCCAAUUGCCCAACCGUCAGACAAGGAAACAAUAAUAUGAUGAAUUGAGCUGCUUUUUUCUUUUUGGAUAAUGUUGGGAGCCAAAAGCAGAUAAUUUUAGCUAUGAUGAAUUCAAAGAAAGACUAUUUUGGUAUAUGCAUUCAUGAAUAAUGUUGA